ACUGGAGCAUUUAGUCAGAAUAACAGCAGUAGUUGGCUCGUGCAGAGGAGCUUUCAGCAGCAUAGUGCUUCAUCUGUGUGAACAAGUGACAAGAAGAACGAAGCAAAAAUGGAUAACGCUACGCAAGCGCCUGUUAUCCUGAUCGACUACAUGACCGUGAACUCGUCGGUGCAUAUUCCUGCGCAGUACGAUGUGACCAUCGCAGACGCAGCUUACAUCGUUACGCAUUCGUUAAUUCUUAUCACAAUGCAAACUGGAUUUGCUCUCGUAAAUGCCGGUACUGUGGGAGUUCGCAACAGUGUAAACAUGAUGAUGAAGAAUACGGUGGACACUGCUAUUGGUGGGUUCGCGUUCUGGCUGGUGGGAUUCGGUUUGGCCUACGGAAGAAGUGCUUAUUCGAACUUUUUGUUUGGUUGGGGAGAUUUCUUCGUGGAUGUCGCAAAAACAGACCCACUUAUGGGGGGAGUGAUGACAGCAUUUAUGUACGAAAUUUCAUUUUCGUCAUCGUCAACGACCAUCGCCAGCGGUGGAAUGGCAGCAAGAUUUAACUUCCGAGCAUACUGUUUCUACGCCUUCUUCAACUCGAUCAUGUACGCGCUGUGCGCCGGUUGGGUAUGGCGUGAGAGUGGAUUCCUCAGUGUGUUCGGCGUUGUAGACAUCGCAGGAGGUGGCCCGGUGCAUAUGCUGGGAGGUGUAUCCUCCUUCGCAGCCGCCUUGUUCCUCGGACCUCGUAUUGGCCGAUUCGACAGGAAAGACGGCCAUCCUCCAAUGGGCAAUACCGUGCUUGCGUUCUUGGGGUUGUUCAUCCUAUGGUGGUCAUGGCUUUCCUUUAACACUGCCAGUAGCUUCGGGCUCAGCCGUGGUCGAUGGGCUUACACAAUUAGGGCUGCCGUUAUGACUUUGUUGGGCUCGAUGGGAGGAGGUGUUAUGGCUUGUAGCUAUUCUUUGAUUCAACACAAGGGCAAGGCCCAACCUUUCCAAAUCAUGAAUGGAGUGCUCGCCUCGCUUGUUUCCGUAACUGGCGGUUGUUAUCUCUUUGAAUCGUGGUCAGCUGUUCUUGUUGGAGGAAUCGGAACUUUGCUGUGUUUAUCAAGUAUGAGUUUGAUGGAUAAAUUGAAGAUUGAUGAUCCUUUGUAUGCUUGUACAGUGCACGGUGUAGGAGGUGCUUGGGGAUUGAUCGCCAUUGGAUUAUUUGCCAUUAAUCCAGUACCACAGCCCGUCACUGGUGGCAGAUCAGGAUUGUUUUUGGGAGGAGGAUUUGAUCUACUUCUUUCGCAGUUGGCAGAAGUUGCCACUAUCCUUGUAUAUGGUCUAUUCGGAACGUGGGCUUUGCUUUGGGUGUUGAACAAAUUCGUCAGAGUACGAUUAACUCCUGAAGAAGAACUCCAUGGUGCAGAUUUUUCGGAACACGAUGUAGAUCAUGCAAGAAAUGCCCUUGAAGAACUGAAACCUUUGUGGGACAGAGAAGCAGAGCUUAGCGAUGGAUUGAAUUACAGGCUUUCUAAAGCAAUGCUCGUAGCGAAAGAUGUGUCAACUGGAAUGUACAAAGGAAACAUCAACAACGCAUUUAAUGACGGAACGGUAGUACAGCUGGAGAUGUCAUUGAAGGAGCAGUCGCAAAUAAAUUGUGGGGCUAACUGACGAAAAUCCUAAAUCGUUUUUAGUGCCUCUCUGCCUUGGUGUCACACCCAUUAUAUCAUUUGAAAUAGCAGCGCUGUUCACUGAUAUUUAUUUAUAGUAAGCUACGUGACCGCAUUUUGUGUUGAUUACAAAAUGUCCGUUCAAAUAUGAAAGAUUUCGUGACGUUUUCUUACAUAUUAUAUUGGGAAAGUUAUACGAACAAACGAUGCCGAUUAUUUAUCAAGCUGUCAUACUUGAGUUCAUUUUCACCGAUAUAUUAUUAUAUGAAAACGACAUAGAACUUCUUUAGUUUUUAAAUACCACAUGUGAUACACUA